AUGGAGAGCAAUCUGACUAUCACCAGUGAAUCUGAACAUAGGUCUGUGUUCUCCACAAUCCUGGUUGGGCUUGUGUUCGGCAUGAUUACACUAAUAACAAUCUUCGGCAAUGUGUUGGUGUGCUUAGUGGUGGGGUUGAACCGUCAUCUUCAGAGCCAUACCAACUGUCUUAUUGUGUCCCUGGCGGCAACUGACCUACUGCUGGGUUUGCUGGUCAUGCCUUUCUCCACAACCUUAGAGCUGCUUAAUUCAGAAUGGCCUUUUGGGUCCACCUUCUGUAAUAUCUACACCAGCUUGGAUGUCAUGCUGUCCACCGCUUCUAUCCUCAAUCUGUUUGUGAUCAGCCUCGAGCGCUACCUCGCAGUCACCGCCCCUCUGAGGUACAUCACGGUCAUUACUCCAAAGCGGGUUGUCAUCUCACUCGGACUGAUUUGGAGCAUUUCCAUCAUGUUCUCAUUUUUGCCCAUCAACAUGGGAUGGAAUACCAAAGAUCUGUUAGUGCAAAGCUCAAAUGCAACCAAUGACUGCCACUUAGAACUGAACACAACCUAUGCCAUUGUGGAUGCAUUCAUCACCUUUUAUAUUCCUUUAGUCAUCAUGAGUUUAACUUAUUACAAAAUAUUCAAAAUUGCAAGGAGACAGGCCAGAAGAAUCAACAACGCCAGCAAAUGUAGAAUUCUGAAGGAGCAUAAGGCAACAGUAACUCUAGCAGCAGUGAUGGGAGUCUUCAUUAUUUGCUGGUUCCCUUAUUUUACAGUGUUUCUCCAUGAAGGGAUUUCAGGAAUUCGAACCGACAAGACCACUUUUGUUGUGGUGCUAUGGUUGGGUUAUGUGAACUCAGGUCUGAAUCCCAUAGUGUACGCUGUACUCAAUCGGGAAUUCCGCAUGGCAUACCAGAAGCUACUGUUUUGCAGGAAAAGGAAUGCACACAAGAAGGGAUCGCACAUCAUCUAUCGGUCCUGUCAGUCCAGGAAUGAACAGUGUCACCAGUUGGUCCAAAUCCUGGAUGAUAACGAGCAUAGCUCUGACAUUACUAAAGAUAUUGGCAUCAGCAAAGAAGAGUCUGAAAGGUAA